AUUUUUCAAAAGCUAAAGGUUGGUUUGGAGGAGAAAUAAUGAAAUUUGUUUAAGGCUUAAAUUUGGUUGAACAAAGGGUGUGUUGAAGCGUUGGGUUUGAGUUUUUGGUAGAAUGGCGUGGUUAAGAGCUGGGUGUGGUGUUGCUAGGCUUGCUGUUAGGAGGGCUCUGUCCCAAGGUGGAUCAUAUGGUGUGAGGGCUCAUGUGCUGGCAUUGCAGCAUAGAGAUCUACAUUCAACCGGUGAUAGGCGGAAGGCUGAAUCUGCUCCUGUCCCGAGGUCUGUUCCGCUGUCUAAGUUGUCAGAUAGUUUCUUAGAUGGGACGAGCAGUGUGUACCUUGAGGAGCUUCAACGAGCUUGGGAGCAAGAUCCGAAUAGUGUUGAUGAGUCAUGGGACAAUUUCUUUAGAAACUUUGUUGGUCAGGCUUCAGCAUCCGCGGGGGUUUCUGGCCAAACGAUUCAAGAAAGUAUGCGGUUGUUGUUGCUUGCAAGGGCUUACCAGGUUAAUGGUCACAUGAAAGCUAAAUUGGAUCCAUUGAAUUUGGAGGAGAGGCAAAUACCAGAUGAUUUAGACCUUGCUUCUUAUGGAUUCACUGAGGCUGAUCUUGAUCGAGAAUUCUUCCUUGGUGUUUGGAUGAUGUCUGGUUUCUUGUCUGAGAAUCGUCCGGUGCAAACAUUGAGGGCAAUACUGACAAGACUCGAGCAGGCUUAUUGUGGGAAUAUUGGGUAUGAGUACAUGCAUAUUCCUGACCGCGAGAAAUGUAAUUGGCUGAGGGAACGGAUUGAGACCCAGACGAAACCAGAAUACAGCCGUGAACGACGUGAGGUUAUUCUUGAUAGGCUGAUAUGGAGUACUCAGUUCGAGAACUUUUUGGCUACCAAGUGGACAGCUGCCAAGAGGUUCGGCCUAGAAGGCUGUGAGACCUUGAUUCCUGGAAUGAAGGAGAUGUUUGACCGAGCUGCGGAUCUAGGGGUAGAGAGCAUAGUCAUUGGGAUGUCACAUAGAGGACGGUUGAAUGUGCUCGGAAAUGUUGUCCGUAAGCCACUUAGGCAAAUUUUUAGCGAGUUUAGUGGAGGUACAAAACCUGUUGAUGAAUCUGGUUAUGUGGGAACCGGUGAUGUCAAGUAUCACUUGGGAACAUCCUAUGACCGCCCAACUAGGGCCGGGAAGAGGAUUCAUUUGUCGUUAGUCGCAAACCCUAGCCACUUGGAAGCUGUGGAUCCGGUUGUCAUUGGAAAAACUCGAGCAAAACAAUACUAUACGAAUGACAUUGAUAGGACAAAGAACAUGGGCAUUUUAAUUCAUGGCGACGGUAGCUUUGCAGGGCAAGGUGUUGUUUAUGAGACAUUGCAUCUUAGUGCUCUUCCAAAUUACACAUCUGGUGGGACCAUACACAUCGUAGUAAAUAAUCAAGUCGCAUUUACUACUGAUCCAAGGUCCGGAAGAUCCUCUCAGUACUGUACUGAUGUAGCCAAGGCUUUGAAUGCCCCGAUUUUUCAUGUCAACGGUGAUGAUGUUGAGGCUGUAACUCGUGUUUGUGAACUUGCUGCAGAGUGGCGCCAGGUGUUUCACUCAGAUGUUGUGGUUGAUAUUGUCUGCUAUCGUCGAUUUGGACAUAAUGAAAUUGAUGAACCAUCUUUUACCCAGCCCAAAAUGUACACGGUCAUUAGGAGUCAUCCUUCAGCACAAGAGAUCUAUCAAAAGAAGCUUCUUGAUUCUGGCGUUGUGACAAAAGAAGACAUUGACAGGAUACAUAAUAAGAUCAAUUCAAUUCUCAACGAGGAAUUUAUAGCUAGCAAAGACCACGCUACUAAAAAACGAGACUGGCUUUCAGCUUUUUGGUCCGGUUUCAAGUCUCCUGAACAGCUUUCACGUGUAAGGAAUACGGGUGUCAAACCGGAGAUCUUGAAGGAUGUUGGAAACGCAAUCACCACCCUUCCAGAAAAUUUUAAGCCUCACAGGGCAGUGAAAAGGAUAUUUGCUGACCGUCAAAAGAUGAUUGAAACGGGGGAGGGUGUUGAUUGGGCACUAGGGGAAGCACUUGCGUUUGCAACGUUACUUGUGGAAGGAAAUCAUGUCAGGUUGAGUGGUCAGGAUGUUGAGCGAGGUACUUUUAGUCACCGACAUUCUGUUCUUCACGACCAGGAGACAGGUGAAAAAUACUGCCCUCUCGAUCACGUUCUGAUGAACCAAAAUGAAGAGAUGUUCACCGUAAGCAACAGCUCUCUGUCUGAAUUUGGUGUACUGGGAUUUGAAUUGGGUUAUUCAAUGGAAAAUCCAAAUUCUUUGGUGCUUUGGGAAGCCCAAUUCGGAGACUUCGCAAAUGGAGCUGAAGUUAUCUUUGACCAAUUCUUGAGCAGUGGGGAGGCCAAGUGGCUGCGACAGACAGGACUAGUUGUGCUUUUACCUCAUGGCUAUGAUGGCCAGGGCCCCGAGCAUUCAAGUGCACGUCUGGAACGCUUUCUCCAGAUGAGUGAUGAUAACCCGUAUGUUAUCCCCGAGAUGGAACCGACCUUACGGAAACAGAUUCAGGAAUGCAAUUGGCAGGUGGUGAAUGUAACAACGCCUGCGAAUUAUUUCCAUGUACUGCGUCGACAGAUUCAUAGGGAUUUCCGUAAACCUCUUAUUGUGAUGUCUCCAAAGAACUUGCUUCGUCACAAGGACUGCAGGUCAAAUCUGUCUGACUUUGACGAUGUUGAAGGCCACCCAGGCUUCGACAAACAGGGCACCAGAUUUAAGCGACUCAUCAAAGAUAAGAAUGAUCAUUCGGACCUCGAGGAGGGUAUUAGACGGCUAAUCCUUUGCUCAGGAAAGGUUUAUUAUGACCUCGACGAGGAAAGAGAGAAAGGUGAAGUGAAAGAUGUUGCGAUUUGCAGGGUGGAACAACUCUCCCCGUUCCCAUAUGACCUCAUUCAACGCGAAUUAAAGCGAUAUCCAAAUGCUGAGGUCGUUUGGUGCCAGGAAGAGCCGAUGAACAUGGGCGCAUACCAUUUCAUCGCCCCGCGCCUGUGUACAUCCAUGAAAGCACAGGGCAGGGGCGGCAUGGACGACAUCAAGUACGUCGGCCGUGCUCCCUCGGCCGCCACCGCCACCGGCUUCCACCAGGUUCAUGUGAAAGAGCAGACGGGGCUUGUCCAGAAAGCAUUGCAGAUAGAUCCUAUCAACUAUCCAUUCUGAACUCUCAAGUAAAAGUUGGAUCAAAAUUCAUCACAGAUUCAUUCUGCUCAAAUAUUUUACUCAGAAUCAGGCCUUCAAUCAUUCAUCCGUGUACUAGUGAGUAGUGAUGCUUGAUUGCAUCUGCAAAAUUUUGUCGUCGUUCUUGACAUCAUUGAUGCUGAUUUUUUUAUUUAUUUUUGUAUUUUUUGA